AUGAGCGCACUCAUCCAGUUGCGUGAUUCAACGGGUGGAUUCAUACAAGCUCGCGCUUUACUUGACACCUGUGCAACAGCUAAUUUCAUUACUGAAAAUUUGUCUAGCAAAUUAAAAUUGCCAAUGCAAAACUGUUCUAUUCCGAUCGGGGCUGUUAAUGGAAUGCAAACCUUUUCAAAACAUGUCGUUCAAAUAAGUUGUAAAUCUUUAAAUAAUAAAUUUCAAAGAUCAUUAUCAUUUUUAACUGUUAACGAAAUUGCAGAGCUGAGUCCAAAUGAAAUCUUUCCACGUAAUAAAAUAGACAUACCUAAAAAGAUAAUACUUGCUGAUCCGGAAUUUCAUAUACCAAGACCCGUAGAUGUCCUUAUCGGAUGGGUUGUAGCGGGAGGAGUCAUUGACGACAAAAAUAUACUUUCUGUAACUUGUCAACUAACUGAUCUGUCGAGUCAAUUAACAAAAUUCUGGACUAUUGAAGACGUAAGUUCUAGUGAUUCCCGAUCUAUUGAGGAUUCUACAUGUGAGACUUAUUAUCAAAACACUACUAUUCGCGAUACAGACGGUCGAUAUAUAGUAAAACUACCCUUUCGCGCAGACGAUGUCGAGUUCGGGAAUUCCAAACAAAAGGCUCUAAAUAGAUUUCUGUCUUUACAGAAGAGAUUAAAUUCAGACUCAUCAUUAAAAUCCGAAUACAAUAAAGUCAUGAAUGAAUACAUCAAUCUUGGCCACAUGGUACACGUACCGGAUGAUAGUGGACCAGGGUAUUACAUGCCCCAUCAUCCGAUAAUAAAAACAUCAAGCACUACCACUAAGAUACGCGUUGUAUUUGAUGCUUCAGCUAAAACCGAUAAAGGUAUCUCCUUGAAUGAAGUCUUACUAACAGGGCCUACUAUACAAGAUAAUCUUUUCACCAUUCUCUUACGUUUUCGCACUUUUGUCUAUGCUAUGACUUCUGAUAUCGCUCAAAUGUAUCGACAAAUUUGCAUACAUCCGGAUCAUCAUAAAUUUCAACGAAUCCUUUAUUAUCAUAAUGACAAAAUUAGUACCUUUGAACUUAAACGAGUUACAUUUGGGGUUUCUGCAGCUCCAUUUCUAGCUAUACGCACUGUAAAUCAACUUGCUGAUGACGAAUCUCAUAAUUUUCCUUGCGAAAGGGUGGAUUUGAACUCAGACAAUGGGCUUCGAAUCACCGACACGCACUGGAUAAUUUCGAUCAAAGAACCUUAG